UUAUAUACAUACAUACAUAUAUAUAUAUAUAUCUAUCAUACUACUAUAAAAUUUCCCAACUUUAGCUCUCAACUGACUCAAUUACAAGUAGGCCACCACCAAAGUUAGCCUUCCACAUUUUCUAAUUCACAAAACCCCUUUCCUUUUCUAAAUAUCCGUCUCUCUCUCUCUAAAACUGGGUGGGAAGAUAUAUAAUUUCUGUGUAGAGAGAGAGAGAGAGAGAUGAGUGGUAAUGAUAAUGGAGGUGGGCCUUGUGGUGCCUGUAAGUUCCUUAGGCGGAAGUGUGUGAAAGGGUGCAUAUUUGCACCAUAUUUUGACCCGGACCAAGGCACGGCUCACUUUGCUGCAGUGCACAAGGUGUUUGGGGCGAGCAAUGCUUCCAAGCUGCUGCUCAGAAUACCGGCUCACAACCGUCUCGACGCGGUUGUCACGCUCUGUUAUGAGGCUCUCGCUAGGGUUAGAGACCCUGUUUAUGGCUGUGUUGGCCAUAUCUUUACUCUCCAACAACAGGUAGCUAAUUUACAGGCGGAAUUGGCAUAUGUUCAAGCUCAUCUUUCCACCUUGCAGCGUCUCCCUCUUCCGGCUCCUCGGCCAGAAAGUCCUCCACCGGCUAACAUUCAGUCCUCUUCGGACAUGGGAUCCACUUACGACACAUCAAUGCAUUUUGAUCUUCCUUCACUGUCACAGAAUGGAUCGACGUCAGAAAUGGUGAGUUUGUGUAGCCCUAUUGAUCAAGAGCUCGAAGAUGGUGAUCUUCAAACUUUAGCUCGCGAAUUCGUUGUGUCUAGAUACUUGCCAGGAGUAGGUGUCCGGCCCUCGAGUUCCCAGUGAAAAUUAAUGUAGUGGUUCUGAACUCAAAAUUAUGCAUCCUUUUUUCUAACUAUAUUAGCACAUUUUGUAUU